GUGCCACGCAAUAUAUGCAAACUCGUGAUUAUUUUACUCCCCAAAAACAUAUUCUUAUUUUGGUCAGCUUUUCAUAAAUAUUAAACCGGCACCGCUGCUAUGAAUAAUCUGCUCUCUAUUAUUUCUCACUUCUACUGUUUAAAGGCAUUAGUUCAAUUCAUAUUUUUGAUCAAGAUUGUGCCUGAUACCUCAUUUGUUGUGCUGCAAGGUUUGCCGUCUGAGGCGCCAAGCAAAAAUCUGGCUGGCCGUGUGCUGAUUCGCCUUAAUCGCCCGCUCAAAGUGAAGCGCAUUUCCAUAUACUUUCAGUCAGUCGGCGCUAAGAAAGGAUACUUGCGGGGGUACCCCGAUUUCAUCAACCACCGCUGCAAGACCAUUGAGCGCGAGCUAUUAUGGCUCAAAGUUGCCAUUCACUACAGCGGCUUUGGAUUUAACACAUGGACGCGGUCGCUGCCCAUCCAUAUCUUCCGAGUUCCUGAGCAAGGCUCGGCUAGAGACAUUGCAUUGACUAGCUCUUUCCGUAUGCAGCUGGACUGGUUCGACGCAAUCAGGCUGGACGUGCUAAGCGAUACUAUGGCCAUCGCCGCCAAUUCUAAACUGCACGUACAAACAAUUGUUCGGCCUCUGCAAAAGGGACAGAUGCUUGCAAACGUCGAGAUACGGAUAUAUGAGAAGACCCGUGUCAAAUGUGCAGUUGACAGAUUUGGAGAUCCGCACGAAGGCAAGCAUAUUAUUUGCCAGAUGAUGCACGCGCUGCCCUUGCACCAAGAGCACUGCCUCAAUCUGACGCUCAGCAUUCCAAAGGCAUUUUACGGUGUCCAGUACGAUCCUGAGAUUAAGCACGAGUUGGUACUCACAGCAACUGUUUUGGACGAUUUACAGCGGCCUCAUUAUUUGAAGAUAUCUUCCCCGGUCCUGGUUGCCCCAAUGCUGCUCUGGAGUUAUCGUUUGUCGAGCUGCCAACUUACAAAAAUUCUACCUUUGACCGCUGGUUUUGGCAAACGCCACAACAGCUUGCACAAUCCGCCGAAUUACCACAGCAUCCUCCGAGCUAUCACAGCAAAAUCACAGUCUAGGUCCUAAAUCAAGGUCCAUAUACAGGCGUUUUUUCUGGCUUUAAAUACCAAUUCAAGUACUCUAUCCUAACAAAUAAAAACAAACAAACAGAGGAUACUUCUGAACUCUUGCUUAUAAAUUGGAAAAAUUGCGCAAAUAUUCAAUGGCACUGGGUUUUAGGGAUGCUAGUAGCUGUUAUUAUAUAAAAUAUAUUUUACUUUUUUCUAAAGUUAAACAAUGAAUAAAAGCGA